AUCUAAUCUCGCGAUACUACAUGAUUUGUACGCGUGCGCAGCCUCGCGCACGUCGGAGGAGCUGAGUUGGAGGGAUCAUGGCGGAGCGCAGGAGGCACAAGAAGCGGAUCCAGGAGGUGAGCGAGCCCACCAAGGAGGAGAAGGCUGUGGCCAAAUACCUUCGGUUCAACUGCCCCACCAAGUCCACGAACAUGAUGGGCCACCGAGUCGACUACUUCAUUGCCUCCAAGGCGGUGGACUGUCUGCUGGACUCCAAGUGGGCUAAGGCUAAGAAGGGAGAGGAGGCGCUGUUCACCACCAGGGAGUCUGUGGUUGAUUACUGCAACAGACUCCUAAAGAAGCAGUUCUUCCACCGGGCUCUCAAAGUGAUGAAGAAAAAACCAGAAAAAGACACCAAGAAAGAGAAGGAGAAAGAGAAGGAGAAGGAGAAAGAGAAAGAGAAGGAGAAAGAGAAGGAAAAAGAAAAAGAGAAGGCCAAGAGUGACAGCAGCAAAGAGGACGAGAAAAAAGGGAAGAAGGAGAAAGACAAGAAGAAAGAGUCUGAGGUGGCAGAAACUAAGAAAGAGAAGAGUGAUGACAGUCCUGGAACCCCCAAGAAGAAGAAAGAGGUGAAGAAGAAGUUUAAACUGGAGCCUCAUGAGGAUCAGCUGUUUCUAGAUGGAAAUGAGGUGUUUGUGUGGAUUUAUGAUCCUGUUCACUUCAAGACUUUUGCCAUGGGACUGAUCCUUGUCAUUGCAGUGAUCGCAGCCACGCUGUUCCCUCUGUGGCCAGCAGAAAUGCGUGUAGGAGUUUACUAUCUGAGUGUUGCAGCAGGCUGCUUCGUGGCCAGUAUAUUGCUUCUUGCCGUUGCCCGCUGCAUCCUCUUCCUGAUCAUCUGGCUGGUGACCGGCGGGCGCCACCACUUCUGGUUCCUCCCCAACCUGACGGCAGACGUGGGUUUCAUCGACUCGUUCAGGCCGCUCUACACUCACGAGUACAAAGGACCGCGAUCCAGCAACAAGAAGGGCUCGGACAAGACGGACGACAAGGACAACGGCUCCUCCACCAAGGCUCAGAAGUCGGACAGCGACGAGAAGUCAGACAGCGAGAAGAAGGACGGCGACGACGACGACGACGAGGAAGAGGAAGAGAGCAAAGAGGCAGCGGCGGAGGAGAGUAAAGAAGCAGAGGGGGAGGGAACAGAUCGCCACUCGGACACAGACAGCGACCGCCGGGAGGACGAGGGCUCACAGCACAGCAACGGUAACGACUUUGAGAUGAUCACCAGGGAGGAGCUGGAGCAGCACACGGAGGAGGAAGAGGAGGGGGAGGAGGAGGAGGAAGAUGAGGAAGAUGAGGAGACGCAAGAGAGGAAAGAAGAGGGUGGGAGUGAGACUAAACCCCAAACUGCUGAAACAUAAACUUCUUACAAAUCCCAUCACUCUGUACUUCUCUCUCUGUCCUUCCCUCCCUCCCCUCCUGUGAUCCCAGGACCCGCUCGUCCGGCCUCUCUGAGCCCGCUGAGGACGAGGAGAGGCUCCAUCUCUUGUUGUUGAGAUCUUCCACUAAACAGUACCGAUAGACCAGUACCGGGAUAAGACACAGCGGUGAAAAGUAAACUGCUACGACAAUGGGGAAAACAAAUUUAAACACAAAAAAAAGAAGAAGCCUUAUGGUGGAUCUGAUUCCUCCCACCCAAAUGUUAUUUAUGUCCAAAUGAAAACCUGCCUGAGGAAGUUGUCAACCAAAAUCCAUCAGAACGACAUCUCUGAUUGAGGGUUUUCAUUUCUUUGUCCUUUUUUUUUUUUGGUUUCUCAUGUCAUGAAGUAGCUUUUUUUUUUCGUGUCAACUCAAAAUGUUUUUUAUUUAUGUCCCCCUGUCUUUGGUUACAUUUGUUUCGUAUGUGAGGUCAAAUCCAGAUCUUAGAUACAGAUAAUGGAGAAGAGCUAAGCUGACCAGUAAAGAGAAGACAUACUGGUUUCUUUGCCCCCUUCCUCCUCCUCCUCCUCCUCCCCACUACUUCUGUUGUUGUGGUUUCACUGUCGUCUUUGAGGUCGAUGUUGUUGGUACAAUCACGGUAGAAAGCCAGAAAGCCCCGGUUCUUUUACCUGUUUUUUGUUUGUUUUUUUAGUGUGUUGGUGAGCCAACAACGGCAGGAGCACGCUUCCUGUCAAACGCCAGUGAGUCUGAUCGCUUUCUCAGGCAGCCCUUAAAGCAAACUGACCAGCGCGUCUGUUUUGAAACCUGAACUAAGCCAGAUGGACCAAAUCCUGUAGUUUACUCGAAGGAAACUUUACAAAAAAAACGACCAUAUUGUGACUGGAUGGAGUAUUUGGAGAACAGAGUAGUACGGCUCUUUGAGGUACUUGCCAUUUUCACUAAGAAAAUAUGUUUGUUUUUUUAAAUGGCUGAUGAUCAUAGUGCAAUCCUCCACACAGUCUGAAGUACUUCUAGUUCAUGUUAAAUGUGGGACUCAUCUUUAAGAGUAAAUGUGAGCAACUGGGACACAGCUGGCGUACUUAAUUUUCUUCUUUUUUUUAAAGAUUGCAGCAUUUGUUGUACAACUAAACCUAUAAAAUGUUAAGUUCACAGAUUAACUGUCUAUUUGCAAACCGAACCAGAUAUAAAGUAAAGCAAACUAGUGCCAAACACAACUAAGAAUGAUGAUACGCAUGCAGAUUUAAUACGGAGAGUUGAGUGCGAGAACGAGGGGUUCAUUUUGUUAAAUUCGUUCAUUUUGUAACCGCAGUGUCAAAACUCCUCGAACCUUUCACAUCUUUGGAAAAUAAAUAAUAAAACAGCACAAUGUUGUUAGUGUGUAGCUAAACAAAGAUUUUUUGGUCUCAAUGAAACCGUUUUUAAAAAGGUGUUCGCACUAGACAUCCCAAACCAGUUGUGUGUAGUCUCACACGAGCCGCCGUGUGUGGAGAUACGCUUCAUGAGUCCAGCUCCACUGACCAGACGAAAGCCCAGGAAACCCGGCGGCCCGAGGUCCAAGCUGUUCCUUCACGUUGUCUUCUGGCUAGAAAUGUCUUAGAUGCUCUUUUUAGUCAUAGCGAGGGAUAAUAUUUAAGUAUAAAAAUAGAAAUGUAUCAUUUAUAUAUUAAUUCUAUUGAUAUAUCAAAUAUAUACUUACAGUCUAAAACUUACAAAACAAACUUCUUUUUUUUGUCCCCCUUCUUUUCUUUUGUAUUAGGAGGUAUAAUUUUUGUUUGUAAUGCUCAUUUGUGUUUUUAUACGAUCAUACAACAUUGUACUCUUAUUUAAAGGUCACAUCUGGGAUUAGAAGUCAGUGGGAGUUUAUUAGAUAUCAGCAUUUUUUCUGUAUUUUUUGCCAUCGUAGCGUUGGAUGUGUGAUCUGGUUGAUUGCGUGCUGCCACGUCUGUGUUGCUCUCACUAAAAAAAACAGUUAGGCAUUAACCCCGAGCUUAUAAAACCAGUAGCUUGCGUAACACUUGAGAGCAACCUGCUGGUUCCCACUUAAUCUGAUGUGGGAGAACGUCUCCUCACAGUGAAACGGUAUUUGAAUAUAUUUCACACAGCUUUCUGUACAGUUUCCAUUUGUUUCGUCUAAAAAGGAACUCACCUAGACUGUAUUUAGUCGUUUGUUCUCCUGUAAUCCCACCGAGGGAUUUGUAGCUCUUCUGACUUUCUGACUCACAAACCCACCAUGUUGUUGCUCUUGUUUCUUUUCUAAUAUCUUUGUUUGUUUGUUUUCUCCCCCCCCACCCCCCACCCAAACGGGCAAAGUGCAUCUCUGUGUCCUGAGUUGCCAGUCGCUGUACUCUCAAUAUUGGCAUAACAUUUCACAAAAGAGAAAAGAGAAAAAAAAGGAUUAUUCCCCCACUUGUUCUUGACUGUUGCACAGUAUCGGUCUGUUGUAUAUUGUAGUAUUAUUACUCUCUAUGCUGCUGCUUCUCAUCGCACAUUUCUGGGGGAAAUAAAAAGUGAAAUUAUAAAACAUCCGUGUUUUGUCUCUGGUCAAAAAACUUGUCUUUUGAUCGCCUAGUUGUCCACAUUUGGAUCAAUGUCAUUCUGAAGACUGUCAUGCAAUAUUGGAGUAUAAUUUAAUAAAACUGGAUGUCUGGAAAUAUAUCUGUAUCUUAUCAUUGCAAUAAAAACUAUAGAAAGCACAA